GCAGACUGAAACUCAGCCAGCAGCCUGGGACCUGCUGCUGCCUUGUGGGAACGACUGCAACUUAACCAAGACACACACAUACCACUGAUGGUGAGAGCUAGUGGACGUAUUUGACCCUCCUGAACCCACCCAAACUGGAACAAUUAAGGAAAUAGAGCAAAACUCUGCAGAAUCUGUUGGAAGCAAGGAAUGUCAACUGGUUGCUGCUCAUUUUGACUUUUUUAGAUUAUAUGUUUGAUUGACUUUUUAGCAUCUUAUUGCUGCAGCUUCUUCGUGUGGAUUGUUUGUCUUUUGGGGACUUGCAGAUGUGACCAUAUGUGACUGCCUUGGAUACAAACACCAAGGUCAUUUAGUGGCCUGCACUGAUCCAUUUCACCUCCAGAGUGUUUUUUUCAGUAUUGUAUCUGUGGGACAUCAAGUGACUCAGUUUGUCAGCAGGCGUUUUUAACACAAGAAGAACCACAACAGUGUUAUCACCAUGAACCUGACACAGCGACUCAAACUAAUGAAGCACUUUGGCUCUGUGCCCCCGGAGCCUCCGCCACCACUGCUGGUGGUGCCUAAACCAGGCAUGGAGGAGUUAACAAUAUGGGAGCAACAUACAAUAACACUGAACAAAGAUCCCAAACUGGGGUUCGGCUUUGCCAUAUCAGGAGGAAAGGACAAACCUCAUCCAGACACAGGGGACACAGCAGUGGUGGUGUCAGAUGUGCUGCCAAAUGGACCAGCCAUGGGACGAUUAUUCACCAAAGACCAAAUUGUCAUGGUCAACGCAGUGUCUAUGGACAACGUCUACUCUACCUACACCAUUCAGACCCUCAAGACUUGUGGCAAGACAGUCAACGUUACAGUGAAACGGCCUCGUAAGAUCCAGAUCCCAGCGUCCACCAGGCCGUCUCGGGCUGCCUCGCACUCCAACUUGCUGGACCAGGACCCUCCCAGGCGAGCACGUCGCUACUCAGACGGGAGCGACAACCGAGAUUCCAACCGCAACCGUUACGGCACGCGCAGCAACACACCUGACCGCAACGGGCAUGGAAACACACUACCCUUAAUGUCAUCGGGGUACAAGCGGCUGCCACAACAGGACGUUGCAGAUAAACCCAUCAGAGCUACUCUUAUUAAAAAGAAAGUCACAGAUGAAUACGGAUUGAAGCUUGGUAGUCAGAUCUUUAUAAAGCACAUGACAGAAACAGGUCUCGCUGCAAAGGAAGGCACGCUGCAGGAGGGAGACCUCAUUCUCAAGAUCAAUGGCAUGACGACAGAGAAUCUUUCCCUGCUGGAGACAAAGCACCUGGUGGAGAAAAGCAGGGGCAAACUGACCAUGACGGUGCUCAGGGACAACCGAAAGUUCCUGGUCAGCAUCCCAGAGGUGGAGGACAGCGCCCCCAACAGUGAGGACGACCACCGCCAACACAGCAGCUCUGAGCUGGAGGACAUUUCAGACCUUGACAUUCCCCCUCCCAGACAGUCUCGUCCACCCACCAGAGAGAAACGGACACGCAGAACAAGAGCUGAACCUCCUCCAUCCAAGUCUCGGGAUUCAUCACCUGUGCGUUCCACCUUGAGUCGGCCUCCUGCACGAAAUUACGCUGCUCGCAGAGCUCCAUCUGAGUCCGAGUCAGACCGCAGUGCCUCUCCUCCUCCUACCAGAAGAGAUCGAUACAGUCCAGACUUGAAGGAUCAGCCCAGCAAAUACAAGACUCUGUCUGGAGUGUCCACCCUCCCCAACCCCCGAUCCUCUCCUGUAGCUCACAACUGGACCACUUCUCGACCUUCUUCUUCCGCCUCACGGCCCCGCAGGCCAGUGUCGGAUUCGGACUCUGACCGCAGCGUUUCUCCCAAGCCACGCAAAGAGAGCCCCCGCCCAGAUGGCAGAUACAAAGUUCUUCCUGACCUGCCCCACACAUUGCUGAGAGAUGCCCCCAUCCUUGUUCGCCAGGAGCCACCAAGAAGGGUCAGCUCUCCUGUUAAAGCCCUGCCCCCAGACUCUGAGUCCGAUUCUGACAGCAGCAUGGGGCCUCCUCAGAGGCAGAGCACCACAUACAGCCAGGACUCCCACAGCAGAUACAGAGUGCUGCCAGAUGUUUCCCCACAACCCAAGCUAGUGCCGCCACAAAGGAGCGCUGCCAGCAUCGCUGCCAGCAUCACUGCCCGCAAUUCACCACUGAAAGCUCACUCAGACUCUGAAUCCGAGGCCAGUUAUGCAUCUGUCCCUCGCAGAGAAUCUACAGACAGUGGAAACUCCAUCAAUAACCGAUUCCCUGAGAUAAAGCCCACUUUAGUUGCUGUGAAGCAGGAGUCCCCUCGUCGAGUCCCAUCACCCGUCAGACCUCGCCCUGAUGAUUCCUUGGAGUCAGACCAGCUUUCACACCUCAGGAGGUCAGGAAGCUCUGAGCGGGGCGACACCAGCCGUGGUGUUCCCCGUGCUGCUAAUGGAUCUGGCACCCUCAGGUCUGGCAUUUCAGCGACAAGCAACCCACCAUCCUACUCCAAGCUUACAGAAGAGCCCAUCUACUCUUUACCUCCAGAUUCUUACCCAUCACCUAAUCCAGGGUAUAGCUCAGAUUUGCACACAGUGGCAUUUGUGAAGGAGGGCAGCGUGGGUCUGAGGCUCGUGGGGGGCAACGACGUCGGUAUCUUCGUAGGUGGGGUUCAGCCAAACAGCCCGGCCUAUGACCAGGGAAUGAAGGAGGGAGAUCAGAUCAUGCAGGUAAAUAAAGUUGAUUUUAGCCAUUUUACACGAGAAGAAGCAGCCAACUUCCUCCUGAACAUCAAGGCAGGAGAGCUGGUUGAAAUCUGCACUCAGAACAAGAUGGACAUUUAUAAGAAGAUCAUCAAGUCCAACCUGGCCGACAACUUCUACAUCCGCACCCACUUUGACCAUGAAGCAGACACUCCCAUUGGUCUGAGCUUCACCAGAGGAGAGGUGUUCAGAGUGGUGGACACGAUGCACCGUGGGAAGCUGGGCAACUGGCUGGCCCGCCGCAUGGGGAACGACCUGCAUGAGCUGGAUAAAGGGACAAUCCCCAACCAGGCCAGGGCAGAGACUCUGGCCGUUAUAGAGCAGGCACAGCGGGGGACUGGAGAGAGGCAGGUGUCGGGACCCAGAGCUGAGUUCUGGAAACUACGGGGGCUCAGAGGGAACAAAAAGAAUGAAAAGAACGUCCGCCGGUCUCGCGACGACCUCCUCCAGCUCACCAUCCAGGGCAAAUUCCCAGCGUAUGAGAGAGUCCUGCUCAGAGAAGCUAAUUUCAAACGGCCCAUCGUCAUUAUGGGUCCCCUUAAUGAUAUCGCCAUGGAGAAGCUGGCCAGAGAAAUGCCCAAUGAAUAUGAAGUGGCAGACAUGGUUGCUCGCAAUGGAGGAGACAGUGGCUCGACAGUUAUUAAACUGGACACUGUGAGGAAAAUAGCGGAGAAGGACAAGCACCCUCUGCUGGACAUCACUCCCACUGCAGUGGAGAGGCUGAACUACAUCCAGUACCACCCAAUGGUGCUGUUCUUGGACCCUCACAGCCGCAAAGAUGUCAAGGCCAUGAGGCAGAGGUACAGCCCCAACUCCAGCAAGAGCUCCAGGCGCCUUUACUCACAGGCCGUUAAGCUGAAGAAAGACUGCAGCCACCUUUUCUCAGCGAUUAUCGACCUGCAACCCAGCUCCAAUGUUUGGUAUGAUAUUCUGAAAGAUAAGAUCAGCCACCAGCAGUCAAAGCCUGUCUGGGUGUCUGAAGUCACGUUGGAGAGCGGUGGAGAACAGGACCUGGAUGCACUGGAUCAAAAUCAGUCUGACUACCUCAGUGCUGCUAGUGACCUGGAUGACACUGAUGGAGAACCCUACACCGACGGAGAGGCCUACACAGACAACGAGGAGCUGGAGGAGGCUUACCCCGGUCAGCAUGCUGCCAGGGCCCCACGAGGCUCCAGGGUAGUUGGAGCUGCUUUAGCCCGAUCUUCUGAGCCCGCCAUAGACCCUGAGCCUGACUCGUACUCGCUCAGAGAAAUCCCACCUCUGAUGCAUGUACCUGAACCCAGGUUGCUCCAAAGGGACAAUCCCAGCCCGCCUCACAGCACUGAGGAGGAUGACCCCACUCAUCGUAGUUUUAUGGACUCAGAUUUCAGCGCCCUUGAUGAGGUUCCACCCACAACUCCAUCAGAUGGACCCCCAGAUUUUAUAGCCCCCGACCCCACCCUUCGAAACUCUGUAAACGAGCCUUCAUAUGCCGAGGUGAAGCGUCAGAGUCCACAGCUUGCCAGCCUGUCUACUAUUGAAGAUAAAUUACAGCAGGUUCAGUUGGCAGAGCCACAGGCACAAGCUGAGGAAAAGAAGAACCUUCAGUUCAUCGUGCUAGAACAUCAUCACCAAGCGGUCCAGUACAGACGCACGAAGAUCCGAGGAGGCAGCAACAGCUCCGACGAGGAUGAAGAUGAAAUGGAGGACAUUGAAUGGGGUCCAGCGACAGAACUCUAGAUUGCCCCUUGUGUCGAGGAUUAAUGCUAGUGUUUACUGAUCUGAUGAGACAUGGAAAAAAUGUCACUCCUCUGCAAACAAUGUACAAAAAAAUGUUCACAGAAAGUCUGAAGAGGUUGGUCGACCAACUGUGAAAGCGGUGGGAUACUGGCAACUACAACAUAUGAGAUUACAACCUUUAAUAGAUUACCACAAGUUUUUAAUUUACAAAGGAAGCUUCUCAGAUGAAUGUUAAGAUACAAGUGCCUAAUUUCAUUUUAGAUUUUUUAAAAUUUAAAUAAACUCAUGUAAAACAAAUCUGCCAUCACCCCUGUAUGUAAUAUAUUAGAAAUCAUAGUAAAUAUUACUGCUCUCACUUUGUCUGUUUUUAUGGAAUUGAAUAUUUUGAUUUUUUUUUUUGUCAAGUUUUUCUACAUUAA